AUGGCGACCGCCACUACGUCCGCCGGCAUCGUUCUGUUGCUUCUGCUGCACAUGUUAACGGUCGGCAGUGUGGCACGAGCAGACAUGGCGGCCGACAUUGGACCAGACUCAACGUGGAUCACAGAGCCACCAGAGGAUGGUGUUGCAAUCCGCAGUAAGCCUUAUACGUUACAAUGUCAUUCUACACUGCCGAAUGCUACGUAUCUAUGGAUGUACAACAAUCGCACUUUGGAUCUAGUCAACGACUCGCGCCGUCAGAUUCUUCCCAACGGCUCUCUGUUUUUCAAAACCGUGGCGAACAGAAAAGGGGGCGACGCGGGAUCCUAUAGAUGUAUAGUACAAACGCCCACCGGUGCAGUUUCCUCAAAAACAGUUACAUUGCUCACGGCAGUAAUUCAUGAUUUUGAUGUACAACCAUCCAAUGUAACAGUUAGUUCAGAAGCUAGUCGUUCUGUUAUUCGAUUUAACUGUCAUGUGAAUUCCGUUCCUUUAGCAACUAUAAUGUGGCAGAAAAAUGGAGUUGUCUUGUCCAGUAACAAUAAUAAGUUUGUAACCAAAGUUCCUGGUGUACUAUAUAUUAAACAAGUUAAUGAGAAUGAUGCUGGAGAGUAUAGAUGUGUGGGAAAAAAUCAUUUAUUAAAUAAGACAAAAUACAGUGAAGUUGGUCAUUUAGUCGUUAACAAGAUAAAUAUUGGAGGAUCUUCUGGAUCACAAUCGGGUAUCCAAAAAUUAACAUUCAUUUCGCCAAAUGUUUUAAACUUGAAUGUUAAGUAUGUGACUGAAGGUGACAAUGUGACAUUUGAAUGUGUGGCUACUGGUGUUCCUGCUCCUCAGCUCAACUGGUCAUUUAUAAACUCUACAGGAUACCGACACAAUACUUUACUUAAUGAUGAAGGAACUUCUGUCAACAUAUUAAGUUUAACUAGAGUAAGUUCUAAGGAUUCAGGAACAUAUAUAUGCCAUGCAUUACAAUCUGUGACAGGAUGGCCAGAUUUGCCACAUGCUCAAUAUUUUCGAUUAGAAGUGAUGACACCUCCUAACAUUAUUAUUCCACCGGAAACACAAACUAUGCCUAUAGCAAAUACUAUUCGCUUUAGGUGUUUGGCUGAAGGUAAUCCUACUCCUAAUAUAACAUGGUAUCACAAUGGUCAACGCUUAAAGUUAAAUGGUCGUAUAAAGGCCAAGAGCAAACAACUUUUAUUAGUUAGUAAUACAGUAUCAAGUGACUCUGGAUUCUAUCAAUGUUUUGCCUCUAAUCAAUAUGGGACUGUAUGGGCAGGAGCAAUGCUCAAUAUUAGUUCAUCUCCAUUUGAACCUUCGCCACCUAUUAAUAUCAGCUGCCGUACAUUAUCUUCUACUCAAAUUCAAGUAUCUUGGCGAAAGUCUCCAACAGAUAUUCCUGAUGAUCCUCCUAUCCUUGUUCGUGAUGAUUCUACGCAACUUGGUUCUUCUCACAGUGGUGUGUUAUCAUCAUCAUCUGCUACUGUGUCUACAGAUAUUGCAAAUAAAGUAUCCAGAGCAUAUUCAAUACACUAUAUGCCUACAGAUGGUGGAGAAGAAACACAACAAGUUAGUGUAAACCAUUCUAUUAUUGUUGAAAAAUUGAAACCAUAUAAAAACUACACUUUUUACGUACGAGUCUAUAAUGGUAGAUCUGGAUCUGAUCAAUCUGAAAAAGUCACUUGUAAAACUCAAGACGGAGCACCACAAACAGUUCCAGAAUUAAUUGUUACUCCUCUUAGCCCAAUUUCUUUACUUGUAGAAUGGGCUGCAAUUAAUGUAAAUUUGGCUAAUGGAGCAGUUACUCAAUAUCAAGUAAUGUGGAAGCGAUUGCACAGUUCAUCUAAUUACAUUCAAUUGUUACAUAAUGAUGUCAGACAAUAUACAAUAACAGGACUCAAGCCAGGAGAACAAUAUGAAGUGCAAGUAUUAGGUGCAACACAAAAUGGUUUACCUAACAUUGAUUUUUCAUGGCAUUUAAUUGAGUUGCCGAGUAUUAAUCCUAUCUUGCCUGUACCUAUUCUAAGGUUUAGCAUUGACCGAUCAAUUAUAAAGCUUUCUUGGUUUGUCAGUGACCAAUCAAUUAAAUUUGACUCAUAUAAACUAAUGUAUCGGAUCACUAGCCAAACAAACCAGACAGUUAUGUUACUGCAUACACUCAGACCAGACACAAAUCAUCAUAUAAUACAUUAUACUAGUGAUUUGGAUGUUUAUGAAGUUCUAUUAAACUGUGUAUCUGAAAGCGGUGAAGGUGAAUCAGUAUAUAGAAUUAUAGCAGUUAAGUCUGAUACAUUGUCACCACCAUCUCAGAUCGAAGCUGUUGCUACAUCACUUCAGACAUUGAAUUUGUCAUGGGUUCCUCCAGAUUUUGAUGAUCCAUCCUCUUUGCUAUUUAUUAUUUCUUAUAAUCCAGUAUCUAAUUUUUCUCAAAAUUCUUCUACAGUUUUCACUGAUAGGGGUAUGUUUUCAUUUGAACUAUCAGGGCUUAAACCUUAUAGUUUGUAUGAAAUAAAAAUUGCAGUUCAAGAUAAAAAUAACAGGAAAAGUGAAUUCAGUCAAAAAAUACAGAUACGCACACUUCAAGGAGUUCCUGGCAUAGUUGAACAAAUAGAAUUACAAUGGAUAAAUACUAGUACUGUUCGCAUAACUUGGGUAGAGCCAAUGAAGUCAAAUGGUGUAAUUAUGGGUUACUAUGUUUCAUAUACAUCCGAACUUCACAUACCACCUACAUCCUGGCAACAAUUAAAUGUCUCUCGACAUAAAAAUUCAUUAGAUUUGUAUGGCUUAAGCAAUAACACACAAUAUUUCUUUAUGGUACGUGCUGCUACUGAUGCUGGAUUCGGUCCCCAAAGUGGUAUAUAUUCCAUUAUACCAUUAACUAAACAGAUUAACCCACCGGUUAAUUCUAAAUAUCCUGCCAAUCCACCAGCUUUAUAUAUGGAAGAUCAGCAGUUAUUAGGCAUAGUGAUAGGUUGUGUGAUUGGAGUUUGUUGCAUAUUAAUAUGUACAACAAGUAUUGUGUUGAAACGUCAAUGUGUGAAAGCCGAACGAGUUCGAGAUCCCCAACAAAACUCAAUGGGUACUGAUGUGGCGUUUUGUGCUCAACAUCUACGGCCAUUUACUAUAGAUCGUGAUCAUCACGAGGAAAGUGUUCCUUUGAACGAUGUAAAUUAUAUUACUAGACAUAUUGACGGAAGAAGUCGAUAUUCAAGUAACAUGUCCGGCAUGGCAUUGCCACUUCUCGACCAAAGUAAUCCAGGAGAUCAUGACAUAACAAAUGUCCACAUCAUUGAAAACCCUCAGUGUACUGUUGAUGUUGAUGGUUAUGAUGUGGAUAGUCUAUUAAGUGAAUCAGCUGAAGGUGGUGCAGGUACUGAAGAAUCUGGUUGCAGUGACCAACUAGCUAAGAGUCAUAAAGGUGGUGGUGAUUCCAGCGUGGUUGAUGAUGGAUUUCAUGAACAUGUUGUGAGCUAAACAGAAUGUUGGUUGGUUUGUAGGUAAUGGUAUAAAUGAUGUGCCAAAACUGAAACAGAAUAAUAAUAUUUUUUAUGUAUUCCCUGAGAUUCACUUAAGUCUGUAUUAUUUUUUUAUACUUUAUAAUACAUAUUAUAAUAAACAUCACCAAAAAUAAAAGAAAUGUUAGGUUUUUACUGACAUCACAUUACGCAUGUUAUACCAAUAACAUAAACUAUGUUGGAUUUAACCUAAGAGAGUUUAUGUAGGCCACUGUUAAUUAUUUUAUUAUUAUUAUUAUUAUUAUUAUUAUUAUUAUGUAUGACUAUGUAUGAGUAUGUAUGACUACUCAAAACAAUUUUUUUGUGUUUUCUUCUUAU